UCAAAAGAAGAUUUGAAAGUUACAAUCUUAGCAGAUGAGUGGAAUUCACUGAAAGGUGGAUUAUCGACUUUUAACAGAGAACUUGCGAUUCAUUUAGCAAGCCGUUCCGAUACUCAAGUCACCGUCCUUGUUCCUCACGGUGCCUGUGGAAUGGAAGAAAAAGCGGCAGCUGCGAAAAAUUGUGUUUCUAUUAUUGAGGCCAAGAAACUUAUUGCAUGCCCUUCCCCUGUAGAAUUGUUCUUUCCGCCGAAAGACCUUGGAAUUGAUGUUGUAAUUGGUCAUGGCGCGAAGCUUGGUCAUCAGGCUCAGAUUAUUAGGGACUCUCAUGACUGCAAGUGGGUUCAAGUAGUGCACACUGCUCCGGAUGAACUCGGUAUGCACAAGGACUGUGCGGAAGCUAUCGCACAAAGUGAAGAAAAGAACCAGCGUGAGGUUGGUUUAUGCAAAAUAGCUGACCUCGUCAUGGCAGUUGGACCUAAAUUGAAAGGUUUCUACUCCAAUCAUAUACGCUCUUUCAACAAAGAUCAGGAUGUUGUGGAAUUUACACCGGGAAUAAUGAGAGAUUUAACUGAUGUGAAGCAGUCGCCAAACGAUAAUGACGUGUUUCAGGUCCUGAUGUUUGGGCGUGGUGAUGACGAAGACUUCGAGCUAAAGGGCUAUGAUAUUGCCGCUAGGGCAUUUGCAAGUCAUGAGCUGAAAAACGACUCCUAUUAUCUCACCUUCGUUGGAGCGGCCCCAGGAAAACAAGACGAAUUUGCGGCGAAGAUUCUUCAACAUGGCAUUUCUAAAAACCAGCUGUCUGUCAAAGAAUAUAUCAAGGAUAGAGAUCGAUUAAAAGAGCUGCUUCUUCGUAUGGAUCUGGUUAUCAUGCCUUCAAGAACAGAGGGAUUUGGACUCACUGCUCUUGAGGCCUUAUCCACUGGUUUGCCUGUCCUUGCUGGCCAUAACUCAGGCUUUGCAAAAGUGUUGCAGAAGAUAGAAUUUGGAGAACUCUGUGUAGUUAACUCAGAUAAUCCCGAAGACUGGUCAAAGGCGAUCAAGAAGGUCCGUCAAAAGGAGAGGAAAAAGCGGCUAAAAGAGAUGCAACGAGUAAGGAAAUCUUAUGGACAGAACUACAAAUGGAAGAACAAUGCGAGAUUCUUAUAA